UAUGAAAUAUUACUUUUAUCUAUGACCACAGUACUGCCCUGAGGUCCUGCGAUUGAAAUCAACGCAAAUUCGAUACUUUUUGUUUGUGAAGUGUGAUUUAUAUUUAAGUGUAAAUAGCAAAUAAAAUAAUUCUGAAUAAAACAUCGUUAACUCCGUACUCUGACAACCCGUUCGUCAGAUGACAUAUAAUAAUAAGUAAGAGUAUAAAAUGGACACUCCUAAAACUGGGACUAGUUCGCCGGGUUUGAUAGCUCCACCUCUUCUGCCACCAACAAUGCUCGGCGGGAUACCACCGCCUAUGCCGCCGGCCGUGGCCAUGCCUCCAGUGCCAGGAAUGCCGCCAAACAUGGGGCCUUUGCCACCUCCAAUGGCAUUUCCACCAAUGAUGACUCCAUUUUCCAUGCCACCACCUGGAUUUCCGCCUUUUAAACCGGAACUAAAUGCACCUGCACCAGAAAUAUCACCAAUGGCUAACCAAAGUUGCCCUUGGUCAGAGCAUAAAGCCCCAGAUGGUCGCAUAUACUAUUAUAACUCUUUAUCAAAACAAAGUCUAUGGGAAAAACCAGAUGAUCUAAAAACUUCAGCAGAGAAAAUGCUGUCAUCUUGUGUUUGGAAAGAAUACACUACUGAUGCAGGACGAGUGUACUAUCACAACAUUGAGACAAAGGAAUCUAGUUGGGUAAUUCCCCAGGAACUACAAGAGAUAAAGGAGAAGAUAGCAGCAGAAGAAGCCACUCAGGCUAUACUUAAUGCUGAUGUGCCUCCAGGGGAUGUGCCCCUACCAUUAUCUCCUGCUGUAGGAUCAUCAGGCAGUUCUGCUCUAGAUGAAGCCAUGGCCAAAACUCUAGCUGCUAUCGAUACAUCUCUUGCUAAUGCUAUACCAAUUCCAGAAGAAAUCAAACCAGAGGAGAUAGAGGCGCCUCCACAGCCCAACGGAUCCGAUUCCAAUGAGCCAGAAUUGCAGUACAAAGAUAAGAAAGAAGCCAUUGAAGCAUUUAAAGAACUCCUUAAAGAUAGGAAUGUGCCUUCAAAUGCAACCUGGGAACAGUGUGUGAAGAUAAUAUCAAAGGAUCCCCGCUAUAUCACAUUGAAGAAACUCAAUGAGAAGAAACAGGCCUUCAAUGCUUACAAAACACAGAAGUUGAAAGAUGAGAGAGAAGAGCAAAGGCUGAAAACUAAAAAGAACAGGGAAAGUUUGGAGGAAUUCCUACUGAGCUGUGACCGUGUGACGUCGCUUACUAAAUAUUAUAAGUGUGAGGAGAUGUUUAAUAAUCUUGAGAUUUGGCGGUGUGUACCUGAUAGCGACAGAAGAGACAUAUAUGAGGACUGCAUAUUCACAAUCACUAAACGCGAAAAGGAAGAAGCGAAGGUGUUAAAGAAACGCAACAUGAAGAUUUUAGCACAAGUUCUGGAAAAUAUGACUGAAAUAACAUACAGUAGCACCUGGAGUGAGGCCCAAGUGUUGCUGUUAGAGAAUGCAGCGUUCAAAAACGAUGUCAGUUUAUUGGGUAUGGACAAGGAGGAUGCUCUUAUAGUGUUUGAACAGCAUAUCCGAAAUUUGGAGGCCGAGUAUCUGCAGGAACGAGAACAGGUCAAAAAGAGAAAUAAACGUCAGCAGCGAAAAAAUAGAGACAACUUCUUGGCGUUACUGGACGGCCUACACGAAGAGGGCAAGCUUACGUCAAUGUCAUUGUGGGUAGAACUUUAUCCUGUUAUUUCUGCAGACAUGCGUUUUUCCGCAAUGUUGGGUCAAAACGGUUCAACGCCUUUAGAUUUAUUCAAAUUCUAUGUGGAGAAUCUAAAAGCAAGGUUCCACGAUGAGAAGAAAGUGAUAAAAGAAAUACUGAGGGAGAAGGAAUUCGAUGUGAAACCGGACACCACUUUCGAAGAGUUCGCGACUGUUGUGUGCGAGGACAGCAAGUCUGCGUCGCUGGACGCUGGCAACGUCAAGCUCACAUAUAACUCCUUGCUGGAGAAGGCCGAAACGAAGAAUAGGGAGAAAUUGAAGGAGGAAUCGAAAGCCCAAAAGAAGAUCGACAGCGCGUUCAAGUGGGCUCUCAGCGACGCCAAUGUCGAGCACCAUCUGCCGUGGAGCGAAGUGCGCGUCAAGCUUGACCUGUCUGCGCCGGAAUUCGCAGCUGUACCCAACGAGGAGGACCGCGUCCGCCUCUACAAGGACUUCCAACAUGAACAAGAAGAGAGUUGCAUGCACUACCAUCAUCCAAAACCGAAGAAAUCAAAAAGAUCGAAGAAAAAGAAGCAACGCUCACGCUCAAUAUCACAAUCACGGUCGCGGUCGGCGUCGCUGCCGCGAAUGUCGCCGUCACGCAUUUCUGCAUCGCGCGUGUCCGUGUCGCGCUCAUCGGGCAGCGUGUCGGGUUCCGACGAGGAGUCUCGCAAACAUAAGAAGCCAAAGAAGAAGCACCGCAAAUACUCGCCGCCACCGAAAUCUCCAAGUCUGGAAGAAGGCGGCAUAACUGACGACGAGCGUGUCGAACCCGUCAAGUACAAGUCGAGUAAGAAGACCAAGCGUAGUGCCCCUAGCUCGCCCGACCAGCCGCCCGAGCUGUCUCACAAGCCCAAGAAGAAGAAGGAGAAAAAAGACAAGAAGGACAGGUCGAUGGGAACACCGAUUUCGACGGGUGCGACAGGUUCGACGGGCGCGGUGUGGAGCGAUGCGGAGCUGGAGUCGCGGCGCGCGGCUUUACUGGCUCAGCUGCACGAGCACGAGGCAGACUGACGCCGCGUCACGCAUGUGCAUAUCUUCAACCGCUACCCGCCGCGCCGCGCGCACUGCCCGCUAAGCCCGCUCAGCCCCCGCUCGCAGGUGACCAACACCCACCCGACACCCACCCAAGACCACCACGUUGAACGUUUUAAACGCACGUCCACUAUAACCAGUGCCUCUUGUCCGUCGCCGCCGGAUAACUUCCUCAGCCGUAUCACUCCGGGCCCGCCGGGAAGUCCCCCGGUUACGUCCGAGGAUUGCAUCAAGCAGCCGCUUAUAUCGCCAAUGCCGGAUACUGAUACCGAUAACUCAAACUAGUAAACGAAACGUUAUAUAUUCAACUGAUUGUUAUAAGUUAUGACUGAUAAAUAGAGUAUACAAAAAUGGUGACAAAAAAAUACUUUGUAUAAACAGUGGACCCGUUACGGAUAAUAUAUAUAAAUAAUAGAUAUUUAAUUAUUUUUUUUAUUGUUAUUGUUACAUAUAAGAUUAUGUACUACUUUUUAUCAAAUUUGGACUCUGACUUUCAGUGUGUCUUUUAGAAGUGUCUUAGAGCUCUUUGUUUAACAUCAAUUAUCAAGUGGUAUGUGUAAUGUAUCUGCAAAUUAUAGGGAAGAUAAAUAUGUAUGUAAAUAAUAAACAUAUUAUGACUGUUUCAAUUUAUAACA